CUCUAUCGAGUUGACAGUCCCGCACAUUCCACCAUUUUCUUUGUCGCUUUGUUGGAACCUGUGUGGUAUCGUGAAUUCUGUGAUCAAAAACCGACUAAUUACGAACUGAAAAUGGAGAUGUCCUUGAAUCCCGUGCGCGUUCUCAAGAAUGAGGCGCAGGAGGAGAAGGCCGAAAUGGCCCGCUUGUCCUCGUUCAUUGGCGCCAUUGCCAUCGGGGAUCUGGUGAAGAGCACUCUGGGUCCCAAGGGCAUGGACAAGAUCCUGGUUGCCAACGGACGCAAUGCCGGCCAGGUGGAGGUGACCAAUGAUGGUGCCACUAUUCUGCGUGCCGUGGGUGUCGACAAUCCGGCUGCCAAGAUUCUGGUGGACAUGUCGCGUGUCCAGGACGAGGAGGUGGGCGAUGGCACCACUUCAGUCACCGUUUUGGCCUCGGAGCUGUUGCGCGAGGCAGAGAAACUGGUUGAGCAGAAGCUGCAUCCACAGAUCAUUGUGGCGGGCUGGCGCCAGGCCACCCAGGUGGCCCUAGAGGCACUCACUGCCGCUGCCCAGGACAACUCGGCCAGCGACGAGAAGUUCAAGAACGAUCUACUGAACAUUGCCCGCACCACGCUCUCCUCAAAGAUUCUGCACCAGCACAAGGACUUCUUUGCCAACCUGGCAGUGGACGCUGUGCUGCGUCUGAAGGGAUCCGGCGAACUCAAGUCCAUACAGAUCAUCAAGAAGUCGGGCGGCACUCUGGGCGACUCCUUCCUCGACGAGGGCUUCCUGCUGGACAAGAAGCCCGGCGUGCAUCAGCCACAGCGUAUCGAAAAGGCCAAAAUUCUGAUUGCCAACACUCCCAUGGACACAGAUAAGAUCAAGGUCUUUGGCAGCAGCAUCAAAGUUGACUCGCUGGCCAAGAUCGCCGAUUUGGAGAUGGCCGAAAAGGAGAAGAUGAAGGAAAAGGUGGCCAAGAUCCUGAAGCACGAUUGCAACGUGUUCAUCAACCGCCAGUUGAUCUACAAUUAUCCGGAGCAGCUGUUUGCCGAUGCCAAAGUCAUGUCCAUCGAGCAUGCCGAUUUCGAUGGCAUCGAGCGUCUGGCUUACUGCACCGGCGGCGAGAUUGUCUCCACCUUCGAGAACCCCUCGAUGGUCAAGCUGGGCGAGUGCGAUCUCAUCGAGCAGGUGAUGAUUGGCGAGGAUACGCUGUUGCGCUUCAGCGGCGUCAAGCUGGGCGAGGCCUGCACCAUUGUGAUUCGCGGAGCUACCCAACAGAUUCUGGACGAGGCGGAUCGUUCGCUCCACGACGCCCUCUGCGUGCUGGCGGCCACCGUCAAGGAGUCACGCAUCAUUUAUGGCGGCGGCUGCUCGGAGGCUCUGAUGGCCACCGCCGUGCUGAAGAAGGCGGCCGAGACGCCUGGCAAGGAGGCUAUUGCCAUUGAGGCCUUUGCUCGUGCAUUGCUAUCUCUGCCCACGGCCAUUGCCGACAAUGCCGGCUACGAUUCCGCCCAGCUGAUCUCUGAGCUGCGCGCCGGCCACGCCCAGGGCAAGCAUCAACUGGGUCUGGACAUGGAGCUGGGAAAGGUGGCCGAUGUCCGUGAACUAGGCAUCACUGAGUCCUUUGCCGUCAAGCGUCAGGUGCUGAUGUCCGCCUCUGAGGCUGCCGAGAUGAUCCUGCGUGUGGACAAUAUUAUUAAGUGCGCUCCACGCCGGCGUGUGCCAGACAGGGGCUACUGCUAAGCAGCUUAAGUAUUCUUGUUCUAGGAUCCUAUUUCCUUUAUUUUUUUUAAAUUACAAACUCUCGUUUAACAUCAUCGCUAAUCUUACACGACGUUCUGUUUUACACACUAAUAACACACA